GUUCUCUACAUUAAUGAAAGGAAAUUCUUUCGUCCGUGCAGUGUGUGUGUUGGGCCUUUUGCAAUUAUUGUGCCAGUGACCAAAGCGCGAAUUUGUCAGUGACUAAUUGGGUGUCGCGUCUGCGAGACGCUGUGAGAGAGCAGCUGCAAAUGAAACAACAGCCAUGGCCCACCAGCAGCUCCUCGUCUGUUUGUCGUGUUCGUUGGAAAUGGAUGGAAACGGUUGGAGGCUGCAGCGACUGGAAGGUGAAACAAGAAAACGAGUCAGCAGCCAUCGUUCAUCAAGGGAUGACACAAACCACUCGAGUCUGCAGCAGCGGCCCCAGGCUCUUCCGGAAAGGCGGUGGAUGACGGGCGGAGUGGGAGCAUCACGCUGUGGAGACAAGUCGUGUGUGUCAUGGAGCGGGGGAUUGGCCGUCUAGUGCACCCCAAAGAACUGGAAUGAAUCAUCCGAGCGGCGAUAAAUUAUUUGUUGAAACGCGUGACGCGUCUUGUUUGUGACUCCCUGGACAUCUGGUCGGCCCUGGCCAAACGAAGAAGAAGAAGAAGAAGAAAUGGAAGUGGCCAAAGGCCCAAAGAAACCCAAAUGCUGUCCGGAAGAGGAGGAGGAAGAGCGACUGUGUCGAUCCAGGAGACGACAGGAGAAGGCGGAAGCGGAAGAGGAGGAAGACGAUCCAUCGAUUGUUGUCAUUUUGAACAACCCGUUCUGGGCGCGGUCACCCGAGGAGCAGAAGCCGCACUUGACGGUCAAGACGAGAUCGCCACCGGCUCCUUCGCCUUUUGUCAAACCGCGUCGUCGUCCUCCGCCUCCGCCUCCGCUCCACGCCGCCAAUCCAUCGCAAACGCUGGCCGAGCAGUUGCCGCCCGACUGGGCAGAUUUAUUGGCCAUUUCCAUGAGGUCGCCCUUGUCUCCGGCCGCCUCUCCUCCUCCGCAGCACAUGUCAUCUCUGCCGCCGGAAGGAACGACGACGACGACUAGCGAAUCGGAGGCGACCGCGACGACGACCAACAGGAAAACGGCCAAGACGAGCCGUCAGAGUAGCGGGGCCAGUUCCCGCCGAGGUCCGCUGGUCAAACAGAAGAAACAUCACUGCCAAUCGGUCGAGGAUCUUUUGUCGUCGUCGUCCAUCGCCGGAUCGCCACACCAUCCGGCGGCUUCCGACGGCGGCAAGGGCGCCCUGCCGUGCAGCUGCACGUGCCCGGCAUCUUUUUCAUCGCCGCAACAACCGCCGCUGUCGUCGUCGUCGUCCACUUCGUCUCUGACGGUGCCCCCCGUCGUCGCUGCUGCUCCCGCACCAACAGCAGCAGCAGCAGUUCCUCUUCGCGUUGCUGGACGACGAACUUGCAGUUUCGAGGAGCCCAACGGCGGUCCCGCAAGUGGUCCCGCAAGUGGUCCCAGUGGCCACCACCAUUUGAAGCCGGCCUCGUGCGGAUUGCGUACGAGGUCGCCUUCACCUUCGGCCGGCCGGGGCGUCUGUGGUGGAGCGAGUGUUGGAUCAGGUGCAACGGCUAGUGCGGCCAGUGCAAGUGGAGGUGCUCAAAGUGUCGAACCGCAGCCGGGCAGCCGACCCAACCAACGAGUCGUCGUGUCCAUCGUUGGCGGCGGAAGUGGUGGUGGCAGUGGCGGUGGUGGUGGCAGUGUCAGUGUACCAACGACAACAACAACAACAACAGCUUCAACAGUAGUCGGAGCAGCAGGCGGAUUGCGACAGUCUCGCCAGCAGAGCGUGGAAUCGCGUGGCAGCAGUUCGAUACCGACGGCGGCGGCGGCUGGCCAGCAGCAGCACCACGUCCAGCGUCAGGUCGCCGGAGAGCGAGGGGGCAGCAGCAACGGGAAUAGCAAGACGGGACCGAUCGAAGACGGAGCCCCGCUGCCGGCCGCCUUCGAGCCCGUCCCGCUCAACUUGUACGGCAAACCUCUGCAGGAAAUCGAUCCCACCGUCCGAGACAAGACGUUUGUGGUGGUGUCUAACCGAUUCCGGAAGAAUUACAUCCAUCGCUUCUCUGCGUCUCGAUCCUGCUUCCUGUUUUCGCCGUGGAAUCCGCUCCGGCGCAUCGCCAUUUACCUGUCGACACAUCCGUAUUUUGAUUACGUCGUCAUGACGACCAUCCUGCUCAACUGCAUCUUCCUGGCCAUGACGGAACCCGUAGAACAGGCCGAGUACGUGUUUCUGGGCAUCUACUCGUGUGAAAUGGUGAUCAAAGCCGUGGCCAAAGGACUGGUCCUUGACCGUCUGACGUAUUUGCGCAGCCCUUGGAAUUGGUUGGACUUUGUCGUCAUUCUCUCCGGCUACGCCACUUUGGCCGUCGAGAUCGGCAAUCUCGCCGGAUUGCGAACUUUCCGCGUACUCCGGGCACUCAAAACCGUUUCCAUCAUCCCAGGUUUACGCACCAUCAUCAACGCUUUGCUCAAAGCCAUGCGCCAGUUAAUGGAAGUCAUGAUGCUGAUCGUCUUCUGCCUCAGCGUGCUGGCCCUUUUCGCCCUGCAAGUGUUCAUGGGCGAGUUGCGGAACAAGUGCAUUCGUCAGUGGGACCCCAACACCACAGAGCUCGACUGGCACACGUGGAUCCGAGAGGAGGACAACUGGCUGAGGGAGGAAACGGGUAGCUUCCGGUUGUGCGGUAAUUUAACGGGCACCUGGCACUGCCCAUCUGACCACGUGUGCUUGCCCGGGCUGGGCAACAACCCCAACUUUGGUUACACCAACUUUGACACGUUCCCCUGGUCGAUGUUGACCACUUUCCAGCUGAUCACGCUCGACUAUUGGGAAAACAUUUACAACAUGGUGUUGGCCGCUUGCGGGCCGUACACGAUCGUCUUCUUCAUGAUCGUCGUCUUCUUUGGCGCCUUUUAUCUCAUCAACCUCAUGCUGGCCGUCGUUGCCAUGAGCUACGACGACGAAGCCGGAUCAAACAAUCAGGAGAAAACCAAAAUGCUGACAGACUACCGGGAGGAAUCGACGUUCAGUUUCGAUCCUGGUAAACUGCCGCUCGUCCUGCUGGAGAAGGGGCACCAUGCGGAUCAAGCCCGUCAGAAGAAAGCCCGGAUGGAUGCCAGAAUGUUGGCGAACCGCAAUCAUCUGUCGGGAUUGGCCGGAGUGAUGGACGAAGAGGAGCAAUCGCCUCCGCGCCAACAUCCUCACGUGGCCGACCUGGUCUGGGCCCUAGCCAAAAGUGAAGCUGCCAAAUUGGAAGCUGCCAAACGGGACGCCUCCUGCCACAAACUGGACGCAGCAUCAGGUGACGGUCCACCGCUCGCCAUCUCGCCGUCGGUUCACUCUGCCACGGCACCACUGCCAUUUAAGGAGAUCCUCAAGGUGAAACCCCUGCCGACUCCUAGCGGACCUCACGAGCGUCGUCUGCUGCCCGUCGUGGCUUCCGUCAGCAAAGACGAAGAGGAAAUGGGAUUCAGCCUGGACAUUGCCGAACUCUCCAACUGUCAAAAUCAACAGCAGCAGCAGCAGCUGGGACUGGAUUGCUGUUACGACACGACCAACCCCAUAAAAGAGUGUGACAGCGAUCCCUUGGGAGGGAGUUGCGUACUGUUCCAGUCGACCCAUUUCGCCAGUUCGUUCAACACGGACGUUGGCUACUCGUCGGAGACGUCCAGGGCGCCCAGUUACCCGAGUUCGGUCGUUUUCAAACGGCGAACGUACACAACCAACAAGAGCAUUUCGCAGAAUUAUUCCAGUCUGACGGAGAGCAUCGGGAGCCAACCGGCCUGUGACCUGGCGACGCUCGACGGCGGCCUAAUCGACCACAGGUCUCCGGCGACCAAUAAACCGGCCUCGUUGAACAGCAACGGCUCGGAUCCGCGUCGACUCUCGUACAAACGAGCCUGCGAUCCUGAGAAAAGAUUUUCACUGGGUUUGGAUUCCAUGACGAGACUGUCGGCCUGCGACUCGGCCCACGAUCUGAGCCUCAACAGCGCCGUGGGUGUCACCAUGGGCGAGCAUGUGUUGGCUCCUGGCGCAACCGCUCCUAGGGAAGAUCCUAGGCGGAAGGGCAAAGAAGAGCGGCGGUUGCACAAGUCGAGGCAGGCCAGCGACGAUCCUUCGUGUACGUCUUCGACUUCAUCGGUUCACGGCCAGCACCAGUACGUGACCGAGGGCACGGAUACGGACGAUCGAUGGCUCAAGCGUCGGCAGAGUUACCAAAAAUCAUCAAAGGGCAACAACAACCACCGGAUGAAUAGCCACCACCACCACCAUCAUCAUCAUAAUCAAACGCAUAUGCCGGAGGACAGUUCCAGCCAAACUAAUCCGUCACGUCUUAUGGUCACUCUGGAAUUUUGUCUGGCCGCCAUGCGGUUCGUCCGUUCGCUGCUCCAGCGAAUCAUCGCCAGCCCCUGGAUAGAUUUCGUCAUCACCAUCAGCAUCGUGUUGAACACGGCUUUUUUGGCCGCCGAACAUCACGGAAUGAGUCCCGACGUCAAACACGUCCUCGACGUCGGCAACAAGGUUUUCACUUCCGUCUUCACGACCGAGUGCAUCCUGAAAAUGGGAGCCACGGGCACGGAUUUCUUCCGCAACGGCUGGAACGUUUUCGACUUUGUGAUCGUCCUGGCCUCGCUCGUCGAUCUCGGCCUGGAGAUUGUCAACGGCCUCUCCGUCCUGCGCGGCAUGCGAUUGAUGCGGGUCCUGCGAUUGGCUCAAUCCUGGACGACGAUGAGGGUCUUACUUUCCAUCAUCUUGUCUUCACUCGGGGCGUUGGCCAAUUUGACUUUUGUCUUGGCCAUCGUCGUCUACAUCUUCGCCGUCAUUGGCAUGCAACUUUUCGGACGGGAUUACACGCCCGAGAAUUUCUACCCGGAUCCGGUGCCCCGGUGGAACUUUAAGGAUUUCUUCCACUCUUUCAUGAUGAUCUUCCGGAUUCUGUGCGGAGAGUGGGCCGAGCCGCUCUGGGAUUGCAUGCGAGCCGAGAGGAAAUAUGGUUCGGAAAUUUGCUUCUCCAUCUUCCUGCCGGCACUGGUCAUGGGCAACUUUCUCGUCCUCAAUCUCUUCUUGGCCUUGUUGCUCAACAGCUUCAGCUGCGAGGAACUCAAAUCACGAAAAGAAGAAAUCAACGAGGAUUCCAAACUGGUGGAAGGUUUGCGGAAGAUCCGCAUCAUCGCCAAAGCCACUCGAACGCUGGUCAAUUUGAAUUCGUUUGAACGCAGCGAAAGUGUGGCCAGCAAAAGGAUCCAGGCGACCAGCCGGUCGCCCAGCUGCGGGGCUCUGAGUCACAACAGACUGACGACUCCCAACGCCAAUCUCAACCUGUCGCCAUCCAGGGCCCGGAGUGCAGCGGGUGGAGCCGUCAGUUUGGCCUGCAGUUUCGACGACAGUGCCAGUGUCCAGCUCCGAUCCGUUUACGGGUCCACCGAGCACCAACCGCCUCCAGCGCGUCCCGUUUGGCAGUCGGAAACCAAAUUAGAGGUCACUGUGGACCAGCCGCUUUAUGUCCUGCCGGAACAAAAGGAUUCCAACAACAUUCCAGAUCAGCAGGAGCCGACGGACGCCAGCAUUCACGAACAACAUCACCACCACCACCGCGGCGGAGCCGACAACAUCGCCGACUGGAGCAUUUUGAUCCCGACCGUGUUGGAAGUGGUGCCGCCCAUCGAAGCGGCCAAAUUGGCGCGGGAAGACACGCAUUCGGUGGUUCUGUCCGGCCAGGAAGAGAUGCCAGAAGAUCCUCCGGAUUGCAUCCCCCAGUCGAUCCACGAAAAGUGUUGCUGCUGUUGGGAGAAUGCUGGAUGCAGUUUCAUCGCCGAUCCGCUGUGCAGACGAUGGCGGGCGGGCCGUACGGCUCUCCUUCAGGUGGUGAAGCAUCCGGCCUUCGAGUGGUCGAUCCUGAUCCUGAUUUUCGGCUCGAGCAUCACCCUUUGCUUUGAGGAUAUCUACUUGGAGGAGAACCCCUACCUGAUGAGCAUCCUGCGCUGGACCAAUAUGGCAUUUGCCAUCCUCUUUGCCCUGGAGAUGAUCAUCAAGUGGUUCGCCCUCGGUCUCAAGUAUUACUUCUCUUCCGUCUGGACGGCCCUGGAUUUCGUCAUCGUGACAGUGUCCGUCAUCAGCGUGGCCGUCGAGGACUCGGCCAACUUGUCUGCUCUUCGAUCGCUCAGGACGCUGAGGGCCCUGAGGCCGCUGCGGGCCAUUUCCCGAUGGCAAGGAAUGAAGAUUGUCGUCAAUGCGCUCAUGUUCGCCAUUCCGGCCAUCUUCAACGUGCUGCUGGUCUGUCUGGUCUUUUGGCUCGUCUUCUCCAUCCUGGGCGUCCAGCUCUUUGGUGGCAAGUUCUACAAGUGCAUCGACGACGAAACGGGCGAGCGCUAUUCACCACAGGUGAUCGACACCAAGGCCGACUGCUUGAGCCGCAACUUGACCUGGACAAAUUCGCCCAUUCAUUUCGACCACGUCGGUCACGCCUAUUUGGCACUUUUCCAAGUGGCGACGUUUGAGGGUUGGAUGGAGAUCAUGGCCGACGCUGUCGACGUCCGUGGCGUCGAUUUGCAGCCGUCGUACGAAGCCAACUUGUGGGCGUAUCUCUACUUUGUCGUCUUUAUCGUCUGCGGCGCCUUCUUCACGCUCAACCUCUUCAUUGGUGUCAUCAUCGACAACUUCAACAUGCUCAAGAAAAGGUACGAGGGUGGAGUGCUGGAAAUGUUUUUAACGGAGAGCCAGAAGCAUUACUACACGGCCAUGAAGAAACUGGGCCGGAAGAAGCCGCGCAAGAUGAUCCGGCGUCCCAUGAAUCCUUAUCUGGCCCUCUUCUACGACAUUUCCAUGUCGAGACGGUUUGAGAUCGCCAUCUUCAUCAUGAUCUUCCUCAACAUGGUCGUCAUGGGCGUCGAGCAUUACGGCCAGCCGCCCGUCUUCACUUUCAUCUUGGAGUUGUGCAACGCUCUCUUCACCACCAUGUUCGCCCUGGAGGCGGUCGUCAAGAUGAUUGGACUGCGACAUCACUACUUUACGUUGCCAUGGAACCUAUUUGAUUUGUGCCUGGUGUCGUGCUCGGUCGUCGGCCUCAUUAUGGAGGAUGUCCUCAACGAGUUCCCCAUUUCGCCGACGUUGCUCCGAGUCGUCCGUGUCUUCCGGCUCGGCCGCGUUCUCCGUCUCGUCAAGGCGGCAAAGGGAAUCCGCAAACUCCUGUUCGCUUUGAUCGUUUCCCUGCCGGCCCUGUUCAACAUUGGCGCCCUGCUGGCCCUCAUCACCUUCAUUUACGCCAUCAUCGGCAUGGCCUUGUUUGGUCACGUCGUUCAUUCGGGCGCCCUCAACGAAAUGAUCAACUUUGAGACGUUUGGCCGCAGCAUGUUGCUCCUCUUCCGGCUGAUGACGGGCGCCGGAUGGAACGACAUCCUCAAUCCGCUGCUCAUUCAGCCGCCGUAUUGCGACAUCACGUACCACAAUUUGCCCUACGGCAAUUGCGGCAGCCCCAUCCUGGCCACCCUCUACUUGGUGUCGUUUAUCGUCCUCUCGUCGAUGAUCGUCAUCAACAUGUACAUUGCCGUCCUGCUGGAGAACUUUAACCAGGCCCAUCACGAGGAGGAGCUGGGACUCGGCGAGGAGGAUCUGGAGCGCUUUUACGCCAAAUGGUCGCGAUUCGAUCCUUACGCCACCCAGUUUAUCGCUUUCGGCGAGCUCUCGGAUUUCGUGGCCAGUCUCGAUCCGCCGCUGGGCAUUUCCCGCCCCAACAUGGCCGCACUCGUCAAUUUGGACAUUUUGAUCGCCAGCGGUGAUCGCCUGCACUGCCUCGACAUCCUUCACGCUCUCACGCGUCGGGUACUCGGCGACGUCGAGGACACGGAACAUUUCCGCAAACUUCAAGAACAAAUGGACGAAAAGUUCAAGAAACAAUUUCCCAAUCGUCGUGAACUGGAAAUUGUUUCGUCGACUGCCAAAUGGAAACAGCGAGACACGGCCGCCCGCGUCAUUCAACGAGCCUAUCAACUUUACUUGAGACGCAAGUUGCUGGCCAGGAAGAGACAGGAAGAGAUGAGGGGACACGUUCAAACCCAAACUUCCUUUUCGAACGAUUCGACCGAUUCGUCGUUUGCGUACGAGCCGGAUCGGCUGUCGUUGCGUUCCGUCCUUAAUCGAAUGUCCAGUCUCUUUCACACUUACCUGGGCGGUGGCGGAGGUCUGAGUCGUCAGAGCAGCCGCCGUGGCGACACGCCCAGUCCCAUCGGAUCAGUGGCAUCCGCCGGUGGUCAAAUGUCGCGACAGAGUUCGACUCGCCAUCGCGUAGGAUCCGGCAGCCAUCCGCCCAAAAGUCGCCCCCACAGCACCUUACUAGACGUUUUCGUGCCGGGUUCCAGACGUUCCAGCAUUUGGUCCCUCGGGACAAUGGUCGUCUCUGCGCAGGUUCACAACGAAUGUCCGAAUGGUCAAAAUCACCAACCGCAGACGACGAGUUGCACCAACCGACGGGGCUCUGUGACAAGUCCGCCGGACAGCAACGGCGGUGGCAUCACGCUGCGCUACAGCGAAGUUUUCCCGACUCAAUUGUCUACGUCGUCGUCGUCGACGGUGAACGGAGAAAACGGCGGCGCCUUUCUGACGCCGCCGCUACCUGCCACGCCGCUGCAGCAGCGAUCCGAUGUGAUAGUGAAAUUAACAGCCGCAAGUUUGGACUCGGAUUUGAAUAUGUAAAUGUGUGUAACUGAAAAAAGAAAAAAGACAAAAGACAAAAAAAGAGAAAAGCAAAGAAGUAGGAAGUUGAUGUAAAUGUUAAAUUGUUCCCCCAGCUCCCAAAUAGAAAGGUUGGUACAUAUAUAUAUCUUAGGGCAAUUGAUGCAACUGUUCUUUGUUGUUAUUCUCCUCUCGUGUACAGCGUAAAUAACAAAUGAUGGCCUCUAACAAAAAAAAAGAAGAAAGUAGUUCAAUAAUGGAUGCAAACCAAAAGGCGAAAAGUCAAUCACACAUUUUCAAUCUCUUUUCUCUUCUGCUCUCUCUCUCUCUAGCUCUCUUUUCUCUCUCUCGAUUUAUCUCGAUUGAUCCUCCUUUUGAUUUAAUCAACUCAUCUUCAUAUUCUAUUUACAUACUCUUUGUGUUGCAUCACAUCAUCUAAAUAAACUUCCUUUUAACUCUCUUUACUUUAUCGGAGAUCUCUACUGUAACUCUUAAACUCUGCCGAAUUUCCCCCCUUAUUUUUUAGUUUCCCAAUUUGUAGAUUCAUUUCGACGACGACGGCGAACGAAUAACGAAUAUUUAAAUAUAAGAAUGAUGGCGCCAGUGGACAUUUUUCUUGACAUUUUGAGUUAACUAGGGUCGUCCCCCCUGCUGUUUGUGUGUGCGUGUUGACAUGUCAAACUUUAAUACUUCCAUUCUUUUUAACAAGAGAAAAGAUUUCCAGAUCAACACACAAUUCAGCGUAUACAAUUGAUGAUAUACAGCGGCAGCGGCAGUCAAUUCAUUAAUAAUCGAUUGUUUGUUAAUAAUCAUUCUUUGUUAUUUCUCCUCCUCCUCCUCCUCCUUGAUUAGAAGAUAAUUGGCGGGCGAUGCAAUUUGCUUGUUGAUGUUGUUGUUGUUUGUUAUUAUUUCUAGGUAAAAUUCCAAAUUCUCAACACAAUAAAAUGAUGAUAGCGGUGCUGUGUGUGUGCGUGAGUGUAUCUACUUGUGUAUGUGUGUUGCUGCUGCUGCUGCGCGCGCUCGGGAGGAAAUCAAUACAAUCGUAGGCCUUUGCGCAUCGUGCGUUUA